AGAAGAGGUAACGCAAUUUCAAAUCACUGUAAAGAAACUUCAUGAACUUGUUCAUGUUCAUUUCGCAAAUUACUGCAGGAAUAUAGUAAGCCUACAACUCUCUGUUACAACGGAUCGCCACCCUACAACGUUGUCACUGUACUUUAUUUUCUGGAUUCUUCUUUGAAGACAAAUUUGUGUCGUGUUCAUUACUGACUUAAUCCCCAUCGUCAAUCAUGAUUAGGCUGGAUGAUAUUUUGGUGCAGAUCGGCGAGUUCGGGCCUUAUCAGAAGAAGGUUUUCGCCAUUGUCUGUAUGAUUGGUUUCACCGCUUCAUGGCAAUCAAUGAUCGUCGUUUUCCUAGCCGCAUCCGUGGACCACUGGUGUGCGGUGCCGCAAUGGGACGAUUUCGACUGCAGCGCCACCGGUCUCAGCGAAGAAACAUGCAUGCUCGCCAUGAAGAACGCAAGCAUCCCUGCCAACUACACGAGCGACCACCAACUCGUCUUUGAGCAAUGCGUGAAAUACAACGUGUCUGGGGAGGCAUUCGAUCCGGAAAUCGACCCGUUCCACGACCCCGGCUGGCCGACAUCGCAAGUCAUGGAAUGCGACAGCGGAUGGGUGUACGACAAAAGUCAAUACAAAUCGUCCAUAAUAACGGAUGUAAGCUACUUCCCUAAUAUAUAAACCCAAACGCGGACAAUAGGCAAACUGAAUGUAAGAGAGGGGAGUAUACUUGUAAGAUUAUUUUUACAGCGGCAUCUUCUCAAUUAUAAAUGAUGUCCCUUAAAAUUAACUUUGCUCAAUAUUUUGUUUCAACAGAAUGUUUGAAGAUUUUUUCCUCUCUAACAUAUCUAACACGUCCUGUUUAUAUUUAUAACCCUACAUGGUACAUUAAAGAUAAAGACCAGUUAUGGUCAUGCGUUUGCAUUGUGAAAGAAACGUUGUGGAAUCGAUCAGAAAAGGUUGAUCA